AUGACCUCAUUUUCUACCUUUUCUGAACUGUUGGGCUCCGAGCAUGAGUCUCCGGUUACAUUAGGCGAAGAGUAUUGUCCGAAGCUGGCCGCAAGCUGUCCGAAGAAACCAGCCGGCCGGAAGAAGUUUCGAGAGACGCGUCACCCAGUUUACAGAGGAGUUCGUCUGAGAAACUCAGGUAAGUGGGUGUGUGAAGUGAGGGAGCCAAACAAGAAAUCUAGGAUUUGGCUCGGUACUUUCCUAACAGCCGAGAUCGCAGCCCGUGCUCACGACGUCGCCGCCAUAGCCCUCCGCGGCAAAUCAGCUUGUCUCAAUUUUGCCGACUCCGCUUGGCGGCUCCGUAUCCCGGAGACAACAUGCCCCAAGGAGAUUCAGAAGGCGGCUGCUGAAGCCGCGGUGGCUUUUAAGGCUGAGAUAAAUAAUACGACGGCGGAUCAUGGCAUUGACGUGGAGGAGACGAUCGUUGAGGCUAUUUUCACGGAGGAAAACAACGAUGGUUUUUAUAUGGACGAGGAGGAGUCCAUGUUCGGGAUGCCGGCCUUGUUGGCUAGUAUGGCUGAAGGAAUGCUUUUGCCGCCUCCGUCCGUACAAUUCGGACAUACCUAUGACUUUGACGGAGAUGCUGACGUGUCCCUUUGGAGUUAUUA